GCCGGGAUGUUUGGGCGGACGACACAGCCUGGGUAACCUGGAUAUAUCUACAUCCUCCUAUCUUCAUACUCAGAUUUGGGGUACUCUGCAAACCGGUGGACGCUGCAAAUUAACAAAUAUCUUAAAUAUCUGGUACCGUAUCAGGUCGGAAGUGAAACAUUUGUAGCCUAAUUCAACCGCAAACCGGUGAAUAAAGGCUAACUAGCUAAGCAUUAUUUGUGUUUCUGAGGACAGCUUAAUACUGAACGGAUGUUUAAGAAAAAAAUAGCAUAAGCAUGUAAAAGAUAUAUGGUACAUUUCGGUCUCACUGAAGCGUUGAAAUUGGGUUAUAUUACAGCCUCCAGCGGCUGCUCUAUCCAUCAGUGCUCUUUUGUGAUCCAAAUGCUGUAAAUCCAUUCUUUCUUCGUCUUGCAGCUGCCGCACUAUGAGUAACAGAGAUGUUCAGUAUUUUUAAACCAAUCUCUGUUUAAAAAAUAAAACAAAAAGGAGUUGUAUUUUACUUGUUAGUGAUACAAAAAUGUGUACAGUUUAUAUAACUAGAAAGGUAAAACUAAGAAUGUAAAGGAUGGGAAGAUGGCAUUAUGUAUCUACACAUCUUUGCGUCUUUAAAGGUCCCUGGUCUCUUUUGUGAACACUUGAGAAACCAAAAAGCAGGCAGCCAUGCAGAGUCAAAUCCAAAUGAACAGUAGACCAAACCCUGUGGACACAGUAACCACAGAGCAACUGCUGGACAGUGAGACCAGUACCCUGUCUGAGCCAAAUGCACAAAAGGAGGAGAAUAAAUCAUCUGCUCCUGCUGAAAGUGAAACUGUAACACCACCACAUGAGAAUGAAACAAGGAUGCACACAGCAGGAACACAGGACAUGGAGAAUGAGCAUGUUGUUCAGUCAGUGACUGAGCCCACAGAGAUGGAGAAGGAUGCUGUAACUAAACCAAAUGCUCCAUCUGAACUGCUGUCUGAUGGAAAUAGGAGUAAGAGGUGUGAGCCAAAAACCAAGAAACAAGACAAAGGUGUGCGUGACGGGAAAAAAUAUAUUCCCUCAAAAAAGGCCAUGAUUGAUCCGCUGAAGAUUGACAUGUCCAAAGCACUGGUGAUGCCUCUCACAACAUCUCAGCUUUCCCUGCAGUGCAUUGAGUGCCACAUAAUCUUCAGUGAUCCCAAGAGCAAAGAGCGUCACUUGAAGUUGAGCCAUCCAGCAGAGUAUGAGCAGAGCAUACUGAGGAAUGCCCUUUUUGCCUGUUAUGUUUGUGACCGCCAUUUCACAAACUCCACUGAACUCAUGGCUCACCAAAAGGCCCACACAGAGAAGAAACCCUUCAAAUGUCCCAUCUGUAGCCAGGCCUUCAGCAAGUCGUCAGAGCUCACCUUUCAUAAGAAAAUUCAUUUUGGACGCGACGGUUACACCUGCACGGACUGUGGCAAACCUUGCAAAACUCUGACAUUGCUCAAAUACCACCAGCGUACACACACUGGAGAGAGACCUUAUGUUUGUAAGGAGUGUGGAAAGAGGUUCAGUAUGUCCAAAGCUCUCCAGAGACAUGUGGCAUCACACUCAUCAGAGGGAGAUGAUCAGGACGGAGGAGACACAGCCACGGCUGAAGCACAAACGAAGACAAAUAAUGGUGGUUCUACAGUUGCGUAUCCCUGUCCUGUCUGCAAAGCCACCUUCAAAUCUACCAAGACACGGCUACAUCACAUGAAAACCAAGCACAGUGUGUCAACACCUGCACCCAAUAACGCCCUCCCAGGUAGACAGGAAGUGAAACAAAGUACACCUAUUAUUACUCCAAUAUCUAUUUGUCAGCCAGCUCUACUACAGGUGGAGCCCAAUGGACCUCUCCAGAAAGUUGACGCCAACAUUGACACUGAACAGAUCCGCAAAUUAAUUGAAUCCUUGGGAAAUGUGCAAAAAGUGAACCAGGUUGUUAUUUUGGGACAGGUGCCACCUAAUGCCCCACCACUAGAAGUACAGCAGAUUUCAGAGCUGACAGACCCCCUGACCUUGAAUCUGAAUCCACCACAGAUAGAUUUUAUGGGACUAAAACAGACAGAGUCUAAAGGAAAUGAACUGGAACUUUCUAACAAUCCAAUGGAGCAAACGAUUAUACUGGAACCUAUCACGCCCGAUGGACAGUUAGAAAACCCAUCAUUUUCGGAGCUGGGGUCACGCAUAGCAGCAGGGGAGAGUAUAGAGCUGACUCUGGUUGAGAGUGAGCAAACAGAGAGGCCUGUGGCAGAGGUGAUGAAUCAAAUCCUUCAACAGCCUGAGGUGGGUGCAGUUCAGUCUGAUGCAAUGGAUCAGGUGGUUUGUCACAAUGAGGUUGUGGAGGUCAAAGAAAACAUGGAGCAGACUGUCAUAUUAGAACUGACGUCUACUCUGAUACCAACUGUAGAGCUGGAGCAAUCCCAAAAUGUAUCACAAACUGAAAUGUCCUCUUCCUCAUUGGUACCAACCACAGAACUGGAGAAAACUCCUGAUCAGGCUGUAAUAAGUGAGCAGGAAACCAGUCUGUCUGUUCAAUCACUGAUGUCUACAGUAGAACUGGAACUGACUCCUUUACAAACAGAGCAACGGGACCCUCCUGCUUGUCCUUUUGUCCCACCAGACACAUUAACACAAACUCCAAAUGAAUCUGAAACAAAUGCAAAAGAUGAGUCUGAUUCACAAAUGCAGCAUGAAUGUGUAGAUCAGGUUCAAUCUAUAAGAGAUGGAGCAGAAGAAAGACAAGGGAGAACCCAGCAAGCACCACCUGAAAUAAUACUUAUAGACCAUGGAGAGAUUCAGGAGCAGGUGGAAAUCCUGCCUAAAGUUGACAGCCCUUCAGCUAAAGAAGAUGUAACAUCACAAAUAGAGGUCAAGGAAAUGCAGCUGACCUCAGAGGUUCCCAUAAAUAUAAUGUCAGCUCAAGAACUGGUUAAGGUACGGAAAAGAAAGCCAGCCAAGGCCUUUAUCUUCCAAGGAUAUAUGCAGGAAUUGGUAGGGUCUGUACAAAAUGAUGUCAGACCCACAAAACGGCAAAGAACAAAAAAGUCUCAUCUCGUAGUUAAAUUUGGUCCACAAAGCAAGGAGAAGAAAAACAAAAAACAGAAAAAGCACCAGUCAACGCAGGAGGCAGUUUUAAGAGUUAAAACACCAACUGUGAAUAUGUCCGAGAAAAAAGUGACUUCGCCGAACAAGGGAAGAAAAGGAAAAAGGGAGAAAGUUGAGCAUGCGGCAUCUACAGCUGAAACAAAAUCACCACCAACCAAGGAUAGGCAGCACCAACAAGUCAAAGAGGAUACAAGAAAAAAUAAAAUGAAACAAAAAGAUGGAGCCAGGGAGGGAGCAGCACAUAUCAGUAAAGCUACCACACCUGUAUUUAAAAAGAAACAGCAGAAAAUCAUGCAGAAAGGUAAUGCUAAGUCUGUAAAGGAUGGGAAGAUGACAAGCAAAGGGAAGAAGAAAGGUCUGAAAAGACAGCAGAAAACCAAUGCUAAAACAGAUUCCUCUGAUAUACCUGGCCCUCACAUAAUACCAGAUUCUUUACUUUUGCUCAAAGGUCACAAGCAACCACAGCUGAAAGUUCACAAAUUAGACCCUUCAAAAGCAACAGGCCAGACACAAGAGUUUUCAACAAAUGAGUCCCAAACAUCUCAGAGUAAAGACAGUCCAGUCAGACACAGGUCAAAAGAAUCUGCAGGUAAUCUGGCAAAUGAUGACAAGAAAAAGGGAGGGAGGCCCAAAAAGAACCAAAAAGCACUUUCCUUAUUGUCCUCUUUGCAGGUUUUCCGACAGCCAGCUGAAACAGUGUCCACCAAGCCAAAAUCCACCAGGAAGCGUAAAGCCUCCCCCAAGGUGGAAACGGAGGGAGUAAUAACCUCCAAGCGGGCUUUAGAGUGUAAAGACUGUGGGGAGAGGUUUAGUGAAGUCUCGUCCCUUCAGAAGCACAAAACAACAGUGCAUAUUGUGGAGAGUCCUGGUCUCACUUACACAAACGGGAAUGUCUUUGAAGGUGUGUCUACGUUGGAUCUUUACCAGCUGCCAAAGGAGAGCGAUAAGGUCGUCGGAGUGAUGAAUGCAGGUACGGGCUGGGAUACUGAACCCGAAAUGGGUGAGACAGACAGAGAGCGUAGUGUCUCUUUCCCAGCUUUAAAUUUAUCCCCUUCGUCACCAGUUCACCCUUCAGACCUCUUCCUAAGUGGAUAUGAAGACAAAGGUGGAAAUCAAACUGGGACAGAUGGUCUAUCACAUGGACUUCCAAAAGUUCUCUCACCAUCUGAACCUCCUUUGACUAUUUCCACAAAGACACAAAAUCCUGAGGUCCCUGAGUCUUUGGUGACAGACAAGGACAAGAAUCCCAGCACUGAUUCUGAAGUCCAAGCAACUGCAGAUGAGGACAUUAAAGAGGAUUUACUCCUUGAGAUAGAUUUAGUCACUGUGGGGGGACAGAAUGAAAGAGAUGAUCAAAGUUCAUGUCAAGAUAGUAUUUCUCAAAAUGAAUCAAACCUACUGGAUGGAAACACAGACUUAUCUCCUGGUGAAGCUGAAAAAGAAUUAACUGAAAAAAAUCUAACUUUGCAGACUGUGUCCUGCUCCACAAAUCAAGUGGAGGUGAAAGAAGAAGAGGAGGAAAUGUUGGUCCAAAAGCAAAAGGAUGAAGGGAAAGGAGUUGUAACAAAGUCUCCAGGAAGGGGUAGGAGGCGGGGAGCAGGACGUCUUAAGAAAGGAUGGAUUUCAAAGAGAGUUUUAGUUGAAGAUACUCCAAGGGGAACAGACCCAGAGAGAGAACAGGAUAACUGUGAGGUAGUUUAUGAAAAACCCUCUGUACCUUCUAAUUCGGAAAUGAAUCGUGAUGAGACCCACACAGCAUUCAGUCAGUCAACAUCUCAGACUUCACAGUCCCAUAAGGAUGCUGCUCCUGUUUCAUCUUUGCCUUCAGUGCCCUCUUUAACACAGAAAACUCCUGCAGAACAAGUUGACGUGGAGUCAGGUAGCACCGGUGCUGCAGAGGUGAGUGAAAGAGGACUGCAGGAGCAUGAAAGGGAGGUGGAUCAGUCUCCUGGAAUCAUACUGGAGAAGUUUGUCACCUCUGGACAGAGAGCGACUGCUGACAAUCACAGACAGGGUUUGAACAACAGUGCUGGGAAUGACGUCUUUUACGAGGAGAUCAAGGUUGAAGAGAAUAUCUCAGAUGUCCCCACCUGUCCAAACAGACAGAGUUUAAGUGUACAGCCACAUCACCGUGAUGUGAGGACUAUUCUGGUUAAAGAGGAGAGCAGCCUCGUGUUGAAUGACACUCAGACCAUAUCAGGAAGCAGACACAUCCGAUGGAACGUGGAAGUGAACACUGAAAGCUCCUCCAGUCCCUUAAUGGAAAGCAGAGGGGAAACAACAGACUGUAGUGUCGCCCCUGACUUCAACACAAACCAGUGUAUCUUCUACCCUGUUAAAGAAGAGGAGAGGGAGGUUCUACUAGGAGCAGCUCAAGCGAACACUGGAUGUGGAUCAUCGGGGGACUCAAGUUCCACCCAUCACACAGAACAUCAGACACCAGAUAGUAAUUUACAUAAAGGGAGCUACACUGCACAGGAAUACCAAGAAACCAGAGUAAGAGGAAUGUCGUCAGAACCAGGAGUCGGUGACUUUUCAGAUGGACAAGCUGAAUUAGAUAAUGAGUGGCAGCAAACGUCAGACGUCCGGGAUUUCCUCCUCCAGAGCUCAGAUGAAGAGGAUGUUUGUGCUCCUGAACUUUGUGAUCCUCAGCUUGACUCAGAAGCAGAAAUAAUGGCGUAUUUCUACAAAAACCAAAACAGCUGCCAGCAACAGCCUCACGAGACAACACAAAGUGUGGCACCAUCAACAAAUCAGCUUCAGCCACCAGUGGAGAACAGCAGCAGAGAACCCAUUGAGUACUUCUCCAAGUAUUUUAGCUGGGAUUGCUGGGUAGAUAUUUCUCACUGCACAAACAAAUUGUCCACCAUGUCCAGCCCUGUCUCAGCCAAAGAGGUGGCACAGUUUGUUGGCAUCCACAUCGCAAUGGGAACUUUAAAGUUUCCCAGUCCCAGGCUUUACUGGGAGGACUUGACAAAGGUACCACUGAUUGCCAACGCCAUGCCACUGUCCCGGUUCCUGGAGCUGUCUCGCAUGUUGAAGCUUGCUUCUCCUGUAAUGGAACCAGUCAACAGUAACAAUACGGAAGAAAGCAACUGUGAUUUUCACAAUAAACUGCAAGCUACGUCUCUUUGUAGCACAGCAGGUAUUUGCAAUGAACGAAGGCUUCCUGAAGUUUCGCAGAGGAGUAAUGAGAACUUGAAAACAUUACAGACUGAUCCCCUCUGGAAGGUUCAGCCACUACUGUGUCGUUUCCUCGCAGGGUGCCAUUCACUGAAGCAAGAGAGCGAUUAUGCAGUCGACCAGUAUCCACUUCCCUUAACUGGGAAGAUGCACAGUAGCAAGCCAUCACUUCAUUGCACAACGUUAAUUGGAUUUGGUGGUUUGCUCUCACAUGUGGAUCUUAAAUUGGAUCUUUCAGAUAAAGAAGAUACAGUAGAAAAAAUGGCCCCUAAAGGUAGCAUGGUGUUUCUCUGCAAGCAGGAACUCUCCACACCAGUGAUGCUAGAGCGCCUCUUAGUGGCCGGGGUUCACGGUGCAGGCCGGGUGGGCGGAGCCAGAGGACAGAUAGGGGAUGAGUUUGUGAGCUCAGAUGGGAAGUUGAUGUUGCGCAGAUCACACUGUGGCUUCAUACUCUCAACUGCAGGAAACUACCAAAGGAACAUGGUUUCUCUCAGUGACAGUUUUGAAAAGGCCCAAAUGUCGGCUCGCCUCAACAGAGAUUUACAAAAUUUAUAUUCUAUCCCUUUCACGGCUUCAACCCCGACUAGCUGGCCUCAAGCAGUGCUCUGGUACCUGACAGAUCUGGCUUUAGUCAACUCCUGGCUCCAGUACAAACAGGAUCACAGAGCAGCAGCUACAACUUUAACUCUUCUGGCCUUCAGACUGGAAGUGUCCAAGGCUCUGAUCCUGUCCAGUGGAUCAGACACCCAGGACUCAGUUCCCCCACAGCCCCCCACAGAGAACGCUCAUACAACAAAUGUAACCCCAAACCCGAGUCUGUUAGAGGAAAGUCCUCUACCGGAUGCAUCCACUAGGUACGACGGGUCAGGUCACUGGCCAGAGCAGCUCGGGGAGGGAGAGGGUGGCAGGUGUCGCUUUGGAGAUUGUCAGAGAACAUCCCGAGUGCUAUGCCUUAAGUGCUGUGUCUUUCUUUGUAUUUCACGAAACCACAACUGCUUUUUGAAUUUCCAUAGUCAAGGAAGUUUGGGGAAAGAGUCAUGAUUACUUCUUAAAUGUUUUUAACUAUUUAUUUCCUGAUUUAGAAUGUCAUGCAUUUUAGUGAUGAAUCUACAUGUGAACCCAGCUAAACAAAAAAUAGUGUAAUCUCACUACACCUACACAUCCAUGAUGCCUUUGACUGGCAGUGUUAUUUUGAAGGAUUAUUGUGCAGCAAUUAAAAAAAAAAACA